AGCAACAGUGAAAGCAACAACAACAAAACUUUGCGUCACAUGUUUCAAAGUGUCGUUCCUUCAAUCUACAUUGUGGCAGCUACAACAUGCAUCCUCGCUAAGUUACUACUGUAGUUCAGCAUUAGAUGGUUCAUUGGACCUUGUGUCUUGAAAGUAGGGGAAAAAUAAGGACCACACCAUGGGUUUUACCCUUUUGACUUUGACAUGUUUCUGGUCCUUGUGCCUAGCUGACGUUGGUGAGUUUACUCCAUGUUUGCAGUUCUUCUACAAGUCCUGGCCACCAAAAGGGCUACAGGGGACCCCUAUCUGCCAGCGCUAUGAGAACAUCUAUCACUUUGCCACGCUGUACAGCCGACCACGCCGCUCACCUUGGUUCUCUGGCUACGUCUUCACCCAACCAUAUGGAAAGAGGCCUUCAUCAAACUGGAAGUUUGAGCCGCAGCUAGCCUACAGUAAAGACGACGGUAACAUGAUACCCUUUCCUCCUGGGCCACUGGACCAGAACGUGGUGGAGAGCCAGGCGGUCGAGCAUGACUACAUCAAUUCAACUUACACACGUGGUCACCUCAACCCCUCCCUCCACCACCACGAUCACGAGGACCGCUCUUCCACCUUCACCCUGACCAACACUGUACCACAGACCCACGGCUCCAACAGUGGGCCUUGGGCGGACCUGGAGCAACACGUCAACCAUACAAUGAGCUCCUACUGCCUGGGCGAGGCCUUCAUCGUGACGGGCAUCAUCCCGUAUCAGAAGGAGGAGCACUGGCUCAAGGAUCAUCGGGUGGCUGUGCCAGAGUACCUCUGGUCUGCCUACUGCUGCCUCGACUCCAGCAAGAGUCUGCCCGGGAACCUCACCGAGAUGUUUCCGACCUAUGCUGCCAUUGGACGGAAUGACCCGAACAGCACAGAGGAGAUUGUGCCUGUCGAUAGGGGAGCUCACAAAGACAUAUUGGGAUAUGAUGUGAGGAGAAUGUCAUUGGAUACAUUGGAGAUGUACUUGAAGGAAAGGUUUGGUUCUGUUGUGAGUGUCUUCUAUGAGAAGUGUUCCAAGUUGGAAUGAAAAUGUUCAUAUACUCAAUAUAUUGUAUUUAACUGAGGAUUAAUAUUCCAUACAGUUAAAUUAAACUUAAUUCAAUUAAAUUCACUUUAUUAUUAAUAUGUUCAUUUUGAUUUAGCGUUUUCUUUGUAAAAUCAUACACAAAUGCAUGUCGACUUACUCAAGUGCUCAGACUCUAUACUGUUGUUCACCACUAGAGUGCAUCCUUCUGUUGUGCAUGUAAAGGAAAUUAUACAGGAUCUAAAAAUGCACGUUUCACUUUCAUCGUUCCUUUAAUUUGUUGAGGAACGACUCAGAAAACAGAAGGAACUUAAAAUGUAAUCAUUUGAAGAAGUACUGUCUAGUUUUUGAUCCUUUUUUUACACAUUUAUAUUGCACAUUUUUCAGAUGUUUUGUGUCACAUUAGUAUUCCAAAUCUUAUAAUUUUUGUCCUAGAUAUUAUUAUACUCACUUUAAUUUUUGGUUUUUGUCUUAAAAUGAAUGCCCAAAAACAUUGUAAUGUAAGACCAUCUCUUUUUAUUGUCAGUACGUUUGAAAUUUAGACAAAAAUAACAAAUGAAUCUCAUCUUUCAGAUUAUGCAAUAAAAUAUUCUUAACAUUA